UAAUGACUGUAGCCCGUGGUUUUCUCCAGACACACUGACACAUCAUGUAAUGGAGAACAGAUGGGACCAGUCUCAGCUCGGCCACCAGGCUUGCCACCUUUGACGGGGACUACGACAUUCCGUGUUGUAGUUGACGAUUUAAACGACAACCGACCCGUGUUUAGUGAGGAUGUCUACACCACCAUCGUCUCUGAAGACAGCCCCGUAGGAACUUUGUUAACCAUGGUCACCGCCUAUGAUCUGGAUGAAGGUCUUAAUGGUCAAAUAAGGUAUUUUGCAGAGAGCAUUGAUGGACCCUUCUCCAUUAAUGAAACGUCUGGGGAGCUGUUGACCACUGGCGAGCUAGACAGGGAGGCGAUGGAGAGCUACAGACUGACUGUGGUGGCCAGGGACUCAAACCCCACACAGCCUCUCUCCAGCUCUGUUCAGGUGUCUAUCCUGGUUGCAGACAUCAACGACAACUGGCCUCAGUUCCUCUACGGCCCUUAUGUGGCUUAUAUGCCAUCUCAAACUACUCCAGGAUCUGUUGUGUGUGCACUGAGAGCAGUGGAUGGGGACUGUGGGAUCAAUGCACAACUCCAUUUCUCUUUAUAUGGGCCGAAUGCUGACCAGUUCUUAAUCAGCUCACACAGGGGAACCGUGUUGACCUCCAGUGCUCUCUCAGAGAUGGAUGACAUCACUAUCAGUAUCCGCGUAGAAGACGGGGGAGACCACCCUAAAUUUGACACGACAACAGUUACAAUCAGGUUCCAGAAUGCUUCAGAGUUUCCCACAGUUUAUGUAGACAUUAUCAGAUCGUCUCUCUCUGAAGAAGUCCCAGUGGGAACCUUAGUGGCUCUGGUCUCAGCCAAUACCUCCAGACAAGGUCUUGGUCCAAUCUCCUUCUACGUGGUGUCAGGAGAUCCUGACAACCUGUUCCGUCUCCACCAGGUCACUGGCCAGUUGAACAUCCACCGCCCUCUUGAUUAUGAGACCAGCAGAGAGUUUCUACUGCUGGUGGAGGCAAGAGAUGCAGGCUCCCCACCGUUUUCUGCCUAUGCAGAGAUUUAUGUGAAUGUCACAGACGUGAACGAUAACGUGCCACAGUUCACUCAAAAUGAAUAUAGGUGUGAGGUGCCUGAGAACUCCCCAGCGAUGUGGGUUUGUCAUGUACUUGCCAUUGAUGUGGACUCUGAGAGUUAUGGGAAGGUGAAUUACAGGAUUUUAGAGGGGAACGUUAACAAUGUUUUCAACAUUGACUCAGAGAAUGGCCUGCUAAGCACAACAAAGAGUUUAGAUCGUGAGGAACUACCUGAGUACAGAUUAAUUAUUGAGGCUGUAGACCAAAACAACAGCUCCUAUAAAGACAUUACAGUCGUACUAGUGUUGGUCUUAGACACAAAUGACCAAGCCCCUCGGUUUACACAGAUCUUCAUCACUGAAAUACCUGAGGAUUCUCCAGUUGGACACACCAUCUUACAGAUCGUUGCAACGGACGAUGACAUUGGUGCCAAUGCUGUGACUUCCUAUUCCAUAAUUGACCAGGGAGAAAAUGCUCUUCCCUUUAGGAUUGACAAGACUAGUGGGUGUAUGACAGUAAUGAGGUCUCUGGACCGGGAAUCCCAGGCCCAUUAUAUGGUGAAAGUCAAAGCCAAUGAUUCUGCUUGGAGUAUAAGUACAGAUGUGACAAUUGAUUUAGCAGACGUAAAUGACAACAGACCUGUCUUUACUAAACGUGUCUACAACACUACUAUCACAGAGACCCAGGUGGAAGAACUGUUUGUUAUGCGAGUUCUUGCUACUGAUGCUGACCUGGGACAAAAUGGUCAAAUCGUUUAUCUGAUUGACCCUUCCAGUGAGUGGUUCUGGGUGAAUGCAUCCACUGGGGAAAUCUUUACCAAGCAGCCCCUUUCUUUAUAUCAGUCUGCUUCUCUGAGCCUUAGAAUUCAAAUUAUAGCCUCAGACUGCGGUAGUGUCCCUACAUACAGUAACUGUGAGGUAAUGAUAAAUGUUGUUCCGUAUAACCACUUCCCUCCCAGCUUUCUGCCAUUCACGGCUCUUCUGUCCAUCCCUUUUAACAUUGCUGUGGGAACAGAGGUGGUGCGGUUUACAGCCGUGGACAGAGAAUUAAAUCACAGCAAGAACAGCACUACAAUAGAGUACAGUCUCGCUGGAGGAAAUGCAUCUGAUUAUUUUGUAAUAGGAGUUUAUGAUGGGAGACUGAUGCUAAAUCAGCCACUGAGGGAAAGCUACCUGUUGACGCUUACAGUCACAGCAAAGGACCAAGGCUUCCCUCCUCUCUCAGCACAGGCAGAAGUACAAUUUGAGGUAACAGGAGAAAAUCUGUUUUCCCCACAGUUUUCUGAGACAUUUAUUAACUUUGUUGUCCCAGAGGAUCUGCCAGUGGGGUCAGUCAUCGGAAAAGUCACAGCUGAAGACAGGGACUAUGGAGUCAACGGUGUCCUCUCAUAUCACAUAACUUCAGGAAACGAAUAUUCACCAUUCUCUUUAGGAUCAGGGUUGAUCACUCUGGUGGAAGUGCUGGACUUUGAGAAACAAGACUUUUACAAUUUUCUGAUCACCGCAACAGACCAAGGCUGGAUCUCUAAGACCGGGGUGGUAAACAUUACUGUGAAUGUCAGUGAUGUGAAUGACAACCUUCCAGUCUUCACAUUGUCACGGUACACUGCCUCUGUGAUAGAGAACUCUGCAGUUGGAACAUCAGUCCUCCAGGUGGAAGCUACAGAUGCAGACUCUGUCAUCAAUGCAGAAAUCAUCUACUCACUAAUAACUGGUAGACACUCUGGCCAGUUUGCCAUUAACUCCAGGAAUGGCACUAUCACUAAUAAGGAGGUUUUUGACUUUGAGCUUCAAAACAUUUAUGAAAUAACUGUAAAGGCUUCAGACUCAGGGAACCUCAAUUUAUUCAGCAUUGCAUAUGUUACAAUCCAAGUCUCCGGGGUCAAUGAGUUCUACCCUGUGUUUCUGCAAAAUGAGUUCAACCUGUCUGUCUCAGAGAGUGCCCCUGCUGGAACUCGAAUUGGGAAGGUAAUAGCCACAGACUCUGACAAAGGACUGGAUGGACUAGUGUUUUACUUACUUAUAGGACAAAACAGAAAGACAGGCUUCAGUGUUGAUGAACAGAGUGGAGAGAUUUAUACCACAGCUGAUCUGAGGAAACAGGGCUACGGCCAUGCCACUCUGAGAAUUCUGGCUAAAAACCAAGGCAUCAUCACAGGGAUAGAUGUGGACGAAGCCCUUCUUCACAUCAGUAUAGUGGACAUUAAUGACCCACCAAAUUUCUCCUCACUGCUCUAUAGGGUGGAUGUUAGGGAGGACAACCCUGUGGGGAGUUCUGUUUGCAAAGUCCUUGCCCUGGACAAGGACUCUGUCCCAGAGUGGAGCCGCUUCACUUACAGCAUUCAGGAUGGAAACUUAAACUCCUCCUUCUUUGUGGACCCUGUAGGUGGGGUAGUUUCCGUCAAUGCCCACCUGGAUAGAGAACAGUGGCCUGUAUACAACCUGACCAUAACAGCUAUAGACCAGGGCUCUCCGCCAGCCACCGGGACCGCUCACCUUGAGGUGACCAUAAGUGAUGUCAAUGACAAUGCCCCCACUUUGGUAAACACACAGGGCCAGGUGAAGGAGAAUCAGCCUGCUGGUACCAUAGUGGAAAUACUUAAUGCCUCUGACACUGAUCUACCUCCCAACCAGGGGCCUUUCUCCUACUGGCUGGUUCAGCCUGCUUCAGUGAGGAGCUUCACUUUAGCUUCUGAUGGCGUUCUGUCCACCUUCAGACCUUUGGACAGAGAGAUCAACAAGGUGUUUCAGCUGUCCGUGGUGGUCCGUGACGCAGGUCAACCUCCAUUGUCUUCCACCACAACAUUUCUCAUCCAGGUUGAGGAUGAGAACGAUAACCCAUCGUUCACGAGGAUUGUCUACAUUGAGGUGAAAUACUACGGCAGCGCCUUUCCGGGCGGUUUCAUCGGCAAUGUCAGACCUGAGGACCAGGAUGUGGCGGAUGAGUUUAACUGCAGCAUCAGGAACGGACCUCUCAAUAUGUUUACAAUCCCAGAUGGCACCUGUGAGCUCUGGUCCUCUGCAUACCAAGGCGAAGCUACAUACAACAUCACUGUGGAGGCUACUGACCAUGUACACCUUCCUGUUAACAACAGUAUCUAUGUAAACUACAAAGGCUUCACCAAUGCAUCCAUGGACAGCUGUAUACUGUUCUAUGUGGCAUCCACCUCAGUGGAAGACUUCUUGUCUCUCAAUUAUUUAAAGUUUGUCAAAGCCCUGGACAGCCUAUUCAACCUGCAGGCCUCAAAGACUCAUGUGUUUGGGAUGAAGCCUACAGGGGACGAAGUCCUGCUCCUGGCAUCGGUUAAGAGUUACAAUGGUCAGUAUCUAAGCGGGGAGGUUGCCAGUGGUAUCUCUGCCACCCACCGGAAACUGUUGGAGGCUCAGAGCAACAUUACUCUGUCCCACAUCACUAGUGACCCCUGCCUCAUCAACCCGUGCCUGAAUGGGGCCAUCUGCAACAAAAAGAUUCACAUUGACCCAGAGGUAUCCGUCCUGGAGAGCCCAUCAGUCAUAUUUGUGUCGCCGCAGAAGGAGAUAUUUAAUUGCUUGUGUUUAACAGGCUUCUCUGGCACCCUCUGUGAAUUAGACAUUGAUGAGUGUGAGGAGGGACCUUGCAAGAAUGGUGUGUGUGCCAAUAAACCAGGUGGGUUUCGUUGCAACUGUCAAGGUGGUUUCUCUGGCCUGAACUGCUUGGCUGAUGUGGACGGAUGCCUAGAGGUCCACUGUCAACAUGGAGGGAUGUGCCUGAGCACAGAGGAUGGGGUUCACUGUGACUGUAAGGAUGGAUAUGAGGGAGAGUUUUGUGAGCUGCCAAUGAACCACUGUGCAUCUGCACCUUGUCUUCAAGGCAACUGCACCAAUGGUCUGACAGGAUAUACAUGUCAUUGUCCUUUUGGUGUGAGUGGUGUCCACUGUGAGCAGGAGAGUUAUGGCUUUGAGGAGUUGUCAUACAUGGAGUUUCCUCCUUUAGAUCCCAGGAGUAACUUCAUCUCCCUGGAGCUGGCCACGCUGCAAAACAACAGCCUGUUGCUGUAUAACCCUGCAGAUCAAGGCAGUGAUGAGUACUUGGCACUUGAGAUUGUGAAGGGGAAAAUCCGUCUCUCGUACAACCUGGGCUCUGGAGAUGUCCAUCUGCAGACGGAGAAGCAGGUGGCUGAUGGAAGGUUUCACAGUAUCGCCGCCAGAAGGAUAGGGAAUAUUGGCUUUCUGCAACUGGACCACUGUAUUGAAGAAGCUACAGGAUUUUGCUUUUCUCAAAGUGAAGGAAUUUCCUCCGAAAGAACCCUGGACGCUGGCAGCAAUAACCUGUCAUUUGGAGGGGUCAGGUCUAUGGAGUCUAUUCUGCUGCGACCGGGUCAAGUCCAGACUCAUGACUUUGUCGGCUGUGUGAGAAACAUAAAAAUUAAUGGCGUACCUUUAGGACCUGCCAAAGCUCUGGUGGCCUACAACAUCUUGGAGAGGUGUCCUCGUGCAGCAGUGUCUCCAUGUCUCAGUGGUCCAUGUCUGAAUGGAGGACUGUGUCAAGACCAAUGGUCUCACUACAUCUGCCAGUGUACACACAAUUACACUGGAACUACCUGUGACACAGAGACUUCCAAGCAUGUGUUACGGCUGGGCGGUAGAGGCUACAUAGAGUAUGUGGUCAGAGAGAGCUAUAGGAGAGAGCUACAGCUAAGAGCCCUGCUGGCAGGAGACAGGGGAGGGAAAGAAAGAAGCAGAGAUCUUUCUGCGAUAGAAGUCAAGGUGAAGACUGUGAAGAAAGAUGCCGUACUGCUGUUUGUUUUGGGAGGGAAAGGACACUCCGAGCUCAGGGUGAUGGGUGGAAACCUAACGUACAUCGUGAAAGACAAAACAUCAGGCAUCAUUUCAGAGAUAGCCAUGGAGACUCACAUAGCGGAUGGAGAAUGGCAUGUCCUUUACCUGGCAACAUUUGGACACAGCAGUGUCCUUCUGAUGGACGGAAUGACAGUCCUGAACACCAGCGAUGACAGAGCAUUGGACUUGAGUGUUGUUAAUGUAAAGAAGAUUGUCCUUGGAGCAACUCCAACCAAACCAGAAGACACUGUUAUCCAGCACUCAGUCGGGUUCACUGGUUGUGUGGAGUAUAUCAGAUACUAUGGCCAGGUCCUGCCAGUCAGCGGCUACAGUCUGAUAGUGGAGGUUUGGCCCAGUUCUACCCUGCUUCAGUCCAACUGUGAAUCCCCUGGCACCUGCGUUUCUUCAUUCUGCCCUGCGUCCACCGACACCAAACCUGCCUGCCCAUCUCUGACCUGUCCUACUGCUCCAGCCUGCGGUGGCCUCGCCAACACUAGGAACACUUCCUGUAUCUGCCUGUAUGAGGCCACAGCUGGCUCCUGUCAGCUCUGCUCCUCCCCUCCUCCUGAGGAUCUCCGGGAAGGAGCCGGAGCAGCAUGUUCCGUUCCACAGGCCCUCGGGGGCCCUUCCGCCCCUCUGUGGAUUGUCGGGGUGGUUCUCCCCGUCACCUCACUCCUCCUCUUCCUAGGCAUCGGCAUGUACCUCUGUCAGAGGAAACUCAACACCAAUGCCGGUCCCCGGUUUCAGAAGAGCCGUGCUAACUGCGGCUCGCCAUGGUGGGGAGAGGAGGAGGAGGAGGAGGACAACAAGGGCUAUUGUUUUGAAGGGCCAAGAACCACUCGGACAGUUGUCGUGGCAGCAGGAAAGCCGCCUGAUGUUAUCCAGCCUGAUGGACAGAAGGAGGCUGCACAGGAGGGCUACAGUACUGGUGGAUGCCGUGAGGAGCUGGAGUACUAUGAGAUAGAUAGUAUUUACAGUGUCUUCCGGUUAGACACUUCCUCUCCAGGGCACACUGGGCCAUUCAGCUCAGACUGCAAGAGGGUUGAAACUGGAGAUCAGAAUUCAGAUGACAGAGACAGACCAGUUGUUCUAUGGCAAAGGCCCCUGACAUACCCCGAUGGCCUGGUUCACACGAACCCUGACCACUCCUGUGACUCCAGAGGACCAGAGUGCACUUGGGCCAGUAGACCGCCGUACAAAAUAGAUGAGGAUGGGGUUAGAAAGGGCAGAGAGCAGAGCUUCUUCAGGAUGUUAGCAGGGCCGAGUCCUCCUCAGUGUCUCUCUGCGGAGGAGGUAAGUAGGCUGAAUAUCCCCACUGUGUGCCACUGGGAAUCGGCCCAAAUAUUGCAACACGUGGACCCCCUUCAGUUAUAUCAGCAGUCGGUUCAGUCGGCUCAAUGGUCCAGACCUUGUGAAAUGAUUAGAGGCAUGGAUAGAGAAGUAAAGAGAGUUCUGGACAAUGACUCUGACAGCGACACCAACAGCUCCUUCACAUGCUCCGAGGUCAACUUUGGCAGGGACUUCUCUGUUCUUGCCACCCAGGGCUUGGCACAGCAGACACUGGUCCCCAACGUUACCCAUAGACUAAAAGAAGAGAGUCUGCCUGUGCAAUCCCCAUUUCGAGACCUCAGGCUUCCCUUUCAGGCCCAGCGUGGGGCUGAGGUGUCUGGAGCCAGUGACAGGCCUCAGUACUUGCAACAGUUCCUCAACAUGGGUAUCUGUUUCUACACAUAUGCCUCUGUGUUUGACGACAUAGCAGAGCUGCCAAUGGAACAAACAGCUGAAUGGGGACAAAAAGGUGAUCAGGAGGAGAUUAUAUGACAGCUCAGCAAAACUUAUUGUCUAUUAGACUAUUGCCUUGUUUGUAUAGUAGUUGAGGAUAAAGUACAACCUUGUCUGUUGAUGUGGUCGUUAGCUGAUGAGUGAUGUUCAGUAUUGUGUGGACGUCAGAUCUUAAAGCAUAAAUACUAUUUACUGUAUAUUGUAAUGUAUUCCUCACCUGUUGACUCUCAAACAUCUGUGUCAAGGUGUGUCAGUAAUCAGAGCAACCUGACCAGUAACCAAAAAGGGUGAUACAUCGAAUCACUGUGCAGGCAAGUUUCCUGAUCAAGUCAUUUUCCUUUAAUUUCUUCCAGGGCAUUGCGGUGAAUGAGCAUGUGUUCAGUCAAUGUACCUGGUAAAGUAAGGGUUAUAUAAAUAAAUAUGUUGACAUUUCAAUCGUUUUUUUUCCAAGAACAUUGCAUAGAAAAUCCCUGAAUAUCCAUAUACAAAAAUACAUUUAAAUGAAAAUUAAAUGUAUUCAAGAGGAGUCUUGAACAAAAGUCCACCCACAGUAUGUGAAUACAUGAUGUUUGAAGCAAAACAGACCAGUAAAGCUAGAUUACUCUAAGAGGUCAAAAACAUGUUAAUCUGUAAAUCAAAUUGAGCUUUAUAAGUGAUUAUUCUUUGGUUGUACAAUACAUACAUUCCA